AUGCCAUCGCGUAGUUCCGACUCGUCAAGCCAUGCGGACUCCAUGGAAGAUAUGAUGAUACCCUCUUGGAUAACAGCAAUCUCUGAUUCGCUCGAUCGAUUAGUUCUCGUACUCCUCCGGGAUGAUCGGAAGCUCAUUGGCUGGCUCAAGACCUAUGAUCAAUUCGGCAACAUAGUGCUGCAGAACACAUUGGAGAGGCAUGUGGCUGACGGUCUCUAUGCGGAUAUCGAUCUCGGUAUCAUGAUUAUACGGGGAGAAAAUAUAGUCCUCUUCGGCGAAGUGGACUCGCUGGACAUGGAGCCGGCCCUGCAACAGGCACCGCUUGGGCAAGUGCUAGCGAGGGAGGAAAUGAACGCCGAACGGGAAGCAAUGAAAGACAAAGUGGACCUCGCCUUUUUAGACGACCCUUUCUAG